UUCUUUACAAUUCAAUGGACCAAACAAAUAGUUCUGUGGUAACUGAAUUUGUGUUAGUGGGACUUACACAAUCCUUAGGAAUGCAGUUUUUACUUUUUCUCUUAUUCUCUACAUUUUAUGUGGGAAUUAUCCUGGGAAACCUCUUUAUUGUGUUCACAGUGAUUUCCGAUUCUCAUUUACACUCCCCCAUGUAUAUUCUGCUGGCCAACCUGUCACUCAUCGACCUGGGCCUUUCGUCUACCACAGUUCCUAGGAUGAUCUCUGAUCUUUUCAGUGAUUGUAAGACCAUUUCCUUCCACAACUGCAUGAUACAAAUGUUCUUUAUCCAUGUUACAGGAGGAGUUGAGAUGGUUCUGCUCAUAGCCAUAGCAUAUGACAGAUACACAGCAAUCUGCAAGCCUCUCCAUUAUCUAACUAUAAUGAAUCCCCAAAUGUGCAUGCUUUUGGUAGUGGCUGCUUGGAUAACUGGAGUGACUCAUGCUGUCUUUCAGUUUGCCUUUGUCAUAAAUUUACCUUUCUGUGGACCUAAUAAUGUGGGGAGCUUUUACUGUGAUUUUCCUCGGGUUAUUAAACUUGCAUGCAUAGAUAAUUAUGGACUAGAAUUUGUGGUCACAGCCAACAGUGGCUUCCUAUCUACGGGCACCUUCUUUCUCUUAGUUGUAUCAUACAUCUUUAUUCUGGUCACUGUCCGACAACAUUCUUCAAAGGAUUUAUCCAAAGCGUUCUUCACUCUGUCAACUCACAUCACUGUGGUGUUUUUGUUUUUCCUUCCUUGCAUGUUUCUCUAUGUGUGGCCUUUCCCUACUAAGUCAUUGGAUACAUUUUUGGCCAUUGUGGACUUUGCUGUCACCCCAGUUUUAAAUCCUGCCAUAUACACUUUAAGGAACAGAGAUAUGAAAGUAGAAAUGAGAAGGCUAAGUCGACAGGUCAUAAGUUCUAGGGAGAUGACAUAA